AUGGGGGGCAUAAGUGUUGAUCAGAGUCUAUACAGGAGCAUGAUUGGAAGCUUGCUAUAUCUAAUAGCCAGCAGACCAGAUAUCACAUUUGUAGUUGGAGUGUGUGCCAGAUACCCAGCAGAGCCAAAGGCAAGUCAUUUGAAUCAAGUCAAGAGAAUUCUCAAAUAUGUAAAUGGAACUUCUGAGUAUGGGAUACUGUACACCAACGGAAGUGACCCGGUCUUGACUGGAUACUGUGUUGCUGACUGGGCUGGAAGUGUUGAUGACAGAAAAAGCACAUCUGGAGGGUGUUUCUUUCUAGGUAGCAAUCUUAUAUCAUGGUUCAGCAAGAAACAAAAUUGUGUCUCCUUAUCUACUGCUGAAGUAGAGUACAUCUCAGCUGGUAGUAGUUGUUCACUAUUGGUCUGGAUGAAACAAAUGCUGACUGAGUACAAUGUUCCUCAGAAUGUCAUGACUUUAUAUUGUGACAAUCUCAGUGCCAUCAAUAUCUCCAAAAAUCCAAUUCAGCAUAGCAGAUGA